AUGGUACAGCAUGACGAUGACGCCGUAAUAACAUUUUCCGAACGAUCUCUUAGUCUGCGCCAAAUGGCAGCCGCAAUUUCAGAUGACAAAAGUGGCCUCCCUCCGGAUGACUGGGUUGUGCCACCAUGUGUACAUCUAGACCCAGUAGAAUGGAAAUAUUAUGUGCGUGAAGGUAGAUUACAACGGUCAGAAACUAAUAUAUUCUGGAGCGAACGGAAGCAAGAUUUUCCUCAUCUCCUAUUCGAAAGGACAUCCAACAGGGAACCUGGCACUUGGAUCUGUGGGUAUUAUAUACUGAAGGCAGAACUUGGCUUCGAGAUUGGAGCUGCCUCACGAUCAGAUCCACUCUGGGGUUGUGUCAUCGGAUUGAUAACAGGGUUUCACGGUCUGAGAAGGAGGCUAGCUAGAGACUAUAGGCGCUGUCAGGUCGACGUCAAUAAUAUUACUUAUGAAGGCACCGGAAAUAUAUUGUACGACGUGAUAUUAUCCCCUACGGACGGAUUGUUCAUCGUCUACAAAUCGAAUAGGCCCCAUGAUCCUGCGCCAAUUCAGCAACAAUACACCCCGGAAGGCCGUCUCAUACGAAGCGAAGCUUCUCGGACUGCUACUUGGGGCGAUAUGAUGUAUUCUAUCUGGUUCACCCAAGUUUUCGCCCAUGACCAACCUCCCGAGGGAAGUGACCCCGGUCCGCGAAGUAGACUGCAGCUUCCCCCACGGCCUGAUGUUGGAUCACAGACACCCUCGUCUCAUGAACCUCAUUCUGGAAACUCGACUUCGGAGAGCCCUCUGGCACCCCGACUUGAUGGACUAUCGGUCAUCAUCUUUCGAGGUAUGGACAAUGUUAAGGGACUUCGAAUUAUCGACGAAGGGUACAACAAAUUGAAAUUGUGUCGCGAACUCGAUACAUUGCGUGUUACGCAUUUAGACAAGCGUAUUAAGUCACUGGUUUUCGAUACUUUAUUGAUGGUUCCAGGGGUCUGUGGUAUGCAUGAAAUGCUUUCUAGGCAUUGCAAUGCGCUCAAGUUCAAGUUUAUCGAGGAGAUAAUAGUUAAAUAUUCGAGGGAUGGAGGAGUCGAGGGUAGGAUACUCCCUACAAUCAUGCUAAAGUUGGGGAAAACGAAACUACCACUUGAAGGUCAUGGGCAUACGUUAAUGUAA